CGCAUAAUUCGCUGCUCAGCGACAGGCUGGACUCAAUUGAUCCAAAUCAUGACCGUAGGCGCCUUUUCAGAAUGGCGCAAGCUGCCCCUGAGCCUCAAUGAACUCUGUAUCAACACUACUUUGCGCUGUGGUCAAUCCUUCCGAUGGCACAACGUCCCCGACACCGACGAAUGGCGCUGCGUCCUCCACGGCCGUCUUCUCUCCCUGAAACAAGAUCCAACCCAUCUCUACUACCGAACCUACCGUGCAUCCAAACCCCUCAAUCGCCCCAAUGACGACGACACCACCACCCUCUCCCUCCUAACCCACUACUUCAAUCUCACCACCAACCUCACCACCCUCUACACGGAAUGGUCAUCGCAAGACCCCAACUUUCGCAAAAAAGCCUCCCAAUUCACCGGCAUCCGCAUCCUGCGCCAAGACGCCUGGGAAGCGCUUGUCUCGUUCAUCUGCAGCAGCAACAACAACAUCGCGCGCAUCUCACAGAUGGUCGAGAAGCUCUGUCUGAACUACGGACCUCACAUCGGCUCCGUGGAUGGUCGUGCAUACCAUGGUUUCCCGCCCCCGGAGGCCCUCACGGCCCAGGACGUGGAAGGGAAGCUACGCGGGUUGGGGUUCGGGUACCGCGCGAAAUACAUUUACCAGACGGCGGUGAUGGUGGCUAAAGAGCGGGAGGAGGGAUGGCUUGAUUCGUUACGGAACCCGGAGUGUCCUGCGUGGGGCGUGGAGGCUGCGCCGGGGGGUGAGAUGAGGCCCGAGGGGAGGGAGGGGUAUCGGGAGGCGCAUGAGAAGUUACUCGCGUUGCAGGGGGUGGGGCCGAAGGUUGCGGAUUGUGUGUGCUUGAUGGGAUUGGGCUGGGGAGAGGCUGUGCCGGUUGAUACGCAUGUGUGGCAAAUCGCGCAAAGAGACUACAAAUUCGGCAAAGGGUCGAAUAAGUCCCUAACAAAGGUUACCUAUGAUGCAGUGGGGAACCAUUUCCGCAAGCUUUGGGGCAAGGAAGCUGGUUGGGCUCAUAGUGUGCUUUUCACGGCUGAUCUGAGAACGUUCUCGGAUCGGCUGGCUGCUACGACGAAGAAGGUGGAGGUGAAGACUGAAGUGAAAAAGGAAGAAGACGGCGAGGAAGACGUCGAGAUCGAGACCGAGGUUACCACCGCAAUGGCAGUACCGACGAAGAGACCAGUUGAUGAAGAUAGCGUCAAGGUGGAAGAAGACGACGAGGUCAAGCCGAACGGAAAACCAAGCACGCUCGUGCAGGCCUCGCAGACGACAACGAGGCGGAUGUCGAAGCGGCUUCGAAACCGAUAAUGUGAUAUACCCUGUAUUUUACUAAUUCUAAUAUAUUAGAAGCGUCACAUUCUUGACUACAGCUCGGUGUGUAUGGAGAUCCCGACCAGCAACAUAUUGCUGCCUACGGAGUACACCUACACAUAUCAGCAUAUCC